CUCCAUAAUCAUCCACACUUACUAAAACAAAAAAUAAAAAUGGCAACCAUCUCAGCUACUACUGCAACUGCAUCGAUCACUCGUGCAUGUCUUGUACAAAAGAGACCUCUUGCAGUUUCAUCCUCUCCUGUUCUUGGAUUGCCAACAAUGGCUAAGGUUGGAAGAGUGAGGUGUUCAAUGGAGGGAAAGCCUUCUUCUGUGCAAGAAAGCAACUCAAAGGUAGGAAUGGGAGCAUCUAUGUUAGCAGCUGCAUGUGCUGCAGCCAUGUCAAGCCCAGCAGCUAUGGCAUUGGUGGAUGAAAGAAUGAGUACUGAAGGAACAGGACUUCCCUUUGGACUAAGUAACAACCUUCUUGGUUGGAUCCUUUUUGGUGUGUUUGGUCUUAUUUGGGCUCUCUAUUUUAUUUACGCUUCGAGUCUUGAGGAGGAUGAAGAAUCUGGAUUGUCCCUUUAAAUUGCUUAAAAUGAAUCAUGGAUUGUAGAAAAGUACUUCUGUUAUCUUCUGUGAUGAUAUGUAUCAAAAUAACUUCUGUUGUUGAUUAUUACUUCUUCUUUCUUUCCUGAAA